AUGGCAAAGGAAUCAAAUCUGUGCUCAAGGCUCAUUGGUAAUGGAGUGAAGCUACUUGUUCCCCCGCCUUCCACUGAUGGAAUCCUCUCGGCCCUUGAUAGUGUAGAAGACCUUUUGAGCUCACUAGGAGUAGGACAGGAUCCUUCUCCGGUAAUACGCGACGCACUGUUGCCUGCUAUCAAAGGGCUGAACUCUGAUAAGCUUUUUAAACAUCUCAAUUUGGAUGUUAGAGUUUCGGUCUUAGGUUGCAUUCAUGAGCUUAUUAGGGUUUUAUCUCCCGAGCCACCUUACAAAAAUGAUUUCUUAAAGGAAAUCUUUCAGCAGACUGUAGAAGAUGUAUUUGGAAAGCUGUCGUCGCUUUCGGGUCGCUCAUAUGUGAUGGCCUUGAAAAUUCUUCGUAAUGUUGCCAAGUGUAAAUCUGGCAUGAUUUUAUUGGAGCUCGGCUGUAAUGCUUUGAUUCGUCGAAUGUUCCACAUCUUCCUUGAAACCAUACAGCAAAACUUCCCUGACAUCGUGUUCACAAACAUGGAGGAGAUCAUGACUUGCGUGAUUCGCGAAGCGGAUGAACUCUCGCUAGAUCUUUUGAAGCCUCUUUUACAUAUGGCAAAUAAGGAAAACCAGGUGAUUUCACCACUUUCGUGGAGAUUAGCUGUGAAAGUACUGAAGAAUUGCUCUGAGAAACUUGACCCCUAUCUCAAAGAAUUAUCGAAACAGCUGAGGAAAGAAGCUGAAGCUUGUACCUACGUAAACUCUUCCAUUUUACCUGACAUGCCAGAGUUGGAUAAUGUGAUAAAUCCUGAGAUAGAAAAGAAUGGCUCUUCAAAGUCAUCAAAUGGUCCUGAACAGAUUGAGAGCCUUCAAAAUGUCGACGAAGAAACUUUCCAAAUGGACGCCGUGGGAAGUCAAGAAGGACUAGCAACAAAUGAAUGUGAAUUAGUAGAUCUUGAGAGAAACAGUAACACUUCAAUCAGUUCAGCUGUCGAAAAAAAUGUUGAGCUGAAUGAAAUUGGCGAUGAUGAACCUAUUCAACCUGGAAGAUCCCAUUCUGAAGGGCAAAUGGGAGAUGAACAGAUUGCAGUUGCGAAAGAACCUGUUUGGCUAGAUGUAACUUCAAAGAAAAGGAAAUACAUCUUGUCUGAUUAUGGAAUGAUAAAGGGCAAAGGCACUAAUUCCGAAAGCAAUGACGAAAUUCUUCCGAAGGGAUUUAAAAACCCUAGACCUGACAAAGAAUAUCGUGAAGAAUUAAUUGGUGCAAGGGUAUUGGUGUGGCGGCUGAAUGACCGUCGGUUCUAUGAGGGAGUUGUUGAGAACUAUGAUCCCGUUAAGAAAGAGCAUAAGGUUGCUUAUCUUGAUGCCGAUGUACAGAAAUUGAGAUUAGAAGAGCAUCGCUGGUUAGUGCAUGAACGUUAUGAGAUAUCCAGUCGGCAGUGUUGCAAAAGACCAAGAAGGAGGAAAGAGUACCGUGAAGAGAUCGUAGGUUCACGUGUGAUGGUUUGGUGGCCCCAAGACCUUAAGUCAUAUGAAGCAGUUGUUCUGGCAUAUGAUCCUGUUCAAGAGCAGCAUAAGGUGGUAUAUUUUGAUGGAGAUGAAGAGUAUGUAAAACUAGUUGGCCAGAACUGCAUAUUCCUUGGUGACAAACAUACUCAAGAAGUUCAGGAGGCUGAGAUUCCAAAUUCUUAAUCUGCGCCGAU